AUGUCUGGUUACCAAGUUCCUAACUACUCAUUAUCUGAUUAUGCUAAGUUUGCCUUAGCGGGAGCUAUUGGGUGUGGUGCGACCCAUUCUGCAAUGGUUCCGAUCGAUGUUGUGAAAACGAGAAUUCAGUUAGAUCCAACCAAGUACAACACUGGUAUGAUUGGAUCUUUCAGAAGGAUUAUUGGCGAGGAAGGAGCGGCAGCUCUUUUGACUGGUUUUGGACCAACUUUGUUGGGUUAUUCGUUGCAAGGUGCCUUCAAGUUUGGUGGUUAUGAGGUCUUUAAGAAGGCUUUUGUUGAUGCUUUGGGUUAUGAUACAGCGUGUCAGUACAGAACUUCUAUUUACAUUAGUUCUGCUGCUAUUGCUGAGUUUUUUGCUGAUAUUGCUUUGUGUCCUUUGGAAGCCACUAGAAUUAGAUUGGUUUCUCAACCCACGUUUGCUAAUGGGUUGAUUGGAGGUUUUGCAAGGAUUAUGAAGGAGGAAGGUGUUGGUUCCUUUUACAACGGGUUUACUCCAAUCUUAUUUAAGCAGAUUCCAUAUAACAUUGCCAAGUUUGUUGUAUACGAGCAUGCUGCUAACGCUUACUACGGCCUAGCGGGCGGUAAAGAGAAGUUGAGUGCUAAUAUUAGCACGGGCAUCAACUUGUUGGCUGGUUUGACUGCUGGUUUGGCUGCUGCUAUUGUUUCUCAACCAGCGGACACUUUGCUCUCCAAGGUUAAUAAGACUAAGAAGGCCCCAGGUCAAUCUACUGUUGGUUUGUUGAUCCAACUAGCCAAACAACUAGGUGUUGUCGGUUCUUUUGCUGGUUUGCCAACUCGUCUAGUUAUGGUCGGUAGUUUAACCUCCUUACAAUUCGGUAUCUACGGCAGAUUGAAGCAGUCCUUGAACUGUGGACCCGCUGUCGAAAUUGGGAACCACUAA